AGAGAGAAAGGGUUUUCGGUGCAAAGCGUGCAAGAGACAGAAGGAUAUAAGAGAGAGAGAGAGAGAGAGAGAGAGAGAAGUUUGGAUAUAACCUUGUCUUUGUUAUUUUUAGACCUUCUUUUUUUCUUUCCAGCCAGUGUUGUUUGUUGUUUCUCUUCUCUCGCGCGGCGAAACGAAAACCCCAAACAGCGAGUGAAAAAGAGGAAAAACCCUAUCGCAUCAUCGGCUUUGUCAGAUCUGCGAGAGACUUCCAAGAGUUUCUUCUCCCCCCCACCUGAGAGGAUGAGUGUUCGAGGCGGAAGUGGCGGCGGCGGUGGGAAGGGCAAUAAUGGGAUUUCCACAAUCCCGGCGUCGUCAAGAAAGAUGGUUCAGAGCUUGAAGGAGAUAGUGAACAAUCUCUGUACCGAGCAAGAGAUCUAUUUCACGCUUAAAGAAUGUAACAUGGACCCUGACGAGGCCGUUAAUCGUCUUCUCUCUCAAGAUCCCUUUCAUGAGGUGAAAAGCAAGCGAGAAAAGAAAAAAGAGAGCAAGGACAUACCAGAUUCCAGAUCUCGUGGUGCUAAUAACACUUCAAAUCGUGGUGGUAGGGGUGGUGCAGACCGCUAUGUUGGACGUGGUGGUUCAAGCCAAUUUAGCUCUACUGACCCCGGUGGUUUAUAUGGUAAACCUGCAUAUAAGAAGGAAAAUGGGACACAUGCUUUUUCAGCCUCUUCAUCUUCGUCAUUCAGCAUGUCUGGGAAUCACACGAGUCGACGACCUACCUCAUACAGUGAUUCUGUGGCCCCAGAAAUUAAAUUGCCAAUAGUGGGCACAAGUGAUGGGAUAUCAUCAUCAACACAGCCUUCUGGAUUUCAAUCUACCUGGUUGGGGGGCCCAGGUCAUGUAUCAAUGGCUGACAUUGUUAAGAUGGGUAAGCCACAUGGCAAGGCUUCUGCUGUUCCAAGCCCCCCUCUCCAGAGUGCUAACCAUCAAAAUGUUUUGGCUUCUUCUGCCGCCACACAUCAUAAUUUGCAUUCCUUGCAAGAUCAUGCUUCCAUGGUGUCAGACAUUAAUACUGAGCCAGGAGUUUUCACAAGCCAGCAACUUCCUCCAAAUGAUGAAUGGCCUGCAAUUGAGCCACCUACUUCAAGUCUACCCUCUGUUGUAGAGGCGCCUUCAGACACUGAGCCAUAUGCAGAUCCAUCUCACUUACCCUUGGAUAGAGUUAAUCGUCAUACAAAGUACCAGUUAGAUGAGCUUCAGGUAGCAGAGGAUUUGCCUAUCGAGAUGCUUAAUGCGAACCGUGUUGGAUCUACUUCUGUGUCCAGUAGAAAUGAGCAAGAGAACAAUUCUGGAGGUCCAUCUGUCCUUGAUAAUAGCUUUUAUAAUGAAAUGAAUUCCUACCAGCCUCACAAGCAUGUUUUGGAGCAUAAUGAAGCUGAAGAUGGUAUUUCAUCAGUCACUGCAAACUUGCAGCAACUAGAUUUACAAAAGCAAGAUCAGGAAGCACCACUUGAAGAGGAUAACCCUCCUGUAAUAAUUCCAAAUCACCUCCAACUCCAUACUCCAGAUUGCUUGAACUUGAGCUUUGGGAGUUUUGGAUCUGGCACUGGUGCUGCUUUUUCAGGAUCUGGGUCAUUUGCAACUAGGCCCUUGACAAGUGACUUGGAGGAGACAUCUUCAGCAGCAGAUGUUUCAUCAAUUGGGCACUCAGACUCUCGGAAUCCUGAAUAUUAUGGGGACGAGCAUCUCAACACUACCUCGGAUGGAAAUGUAGUUCAUAGAACUGGUGGGGGCACUGUGAAUUAUGAUUCUCCUUCAGUUUCACAACCAGAGGCGUUGAAACAGGAAACCACUGAAGUUGCUCAGGGGAAUCAAUAUGCAUUCCCUUCAUCUGCAGCUGAUUUUACAUAUGAAAAUACCCAACAAUUCAAUAAUGCAUUUACUCAUCCACAGACUAGCUCACCAAUGCAGAGUCUUGCCGCUCUCUCAAGUGUAAUGCAGCAGGCAUAUACAAAUUCGUUGCCCAGCAGUUUGUUGGCUUCAUCUGUUCAGACUGCAAGGGAGGAUUUUGCAUAUUCACCCUUUCCUGUGACACAAUCAAUGCCCACAAAAUACAGCAAUGUGGCUUCUUCUAUUAGUGGUCCCACCAUGUCUAUGCCAGAGGCUUUGAGAGCAGGUAGUAUUUCUACACCUCAGCCUACUCAGACGCUGCCUGGUGCCGGCGUUGCUACAGGACCUGCUCUUCCUCAACACCUUGCUGUGCACCCUUAUUCCCAACCUACUCUUCCUUUGGGACAUUUUGCCAACAUGAUCAGCUAUCCAUUCUUGCCUCAGAGCUACACGUAUAUGCCCUCUGCUUACCAGCAGGGAUUUGCUGGUAACAACACAUACCAUCAGUCUCUGGCAGCAAUGCUACCACAAUACAAAAAUAGUGUUUCUGUCAGCAGUUUGCCUCAAUCUGCAGCUAUUCCCUCUGGAUAUGCCUUUGGGAGUUCAACCAGCAUUCCUGGGGGAAACUUUCCUCUGAAUCCACCUACUGCACCUACAGGCACAACGGUUGGCUAUGAUGAUGUUUUAAGUUCUCAAUAUAAGGACAGUAAUCAUUUGAUCUCACUUCAGCAGAAUGAUAAUUCAGCGAUGUGGGUUCAUGGGCCUGGUUCCCGAACAGUUUCUGCUCUUCCAAGCACAUAUUACAGCUUCCAGGGGCAGAAUCAGCAGCCGAGUGGGUAUCGGCAAGGUCAGCAGCCAUCACAGCAUUUCAGUUACCCGAAUUACUAUCAUUCCCAAACUGGUGGUUUGUCAAUGGAACAUCAGCAACAAAACCCGAGGGAUGCAGCAUCCCUUGGUGCCUCUCAAGGCCAACCACCAAAGCAGUCUCAACAGAUAUGGCAAAACAGCUACUAAUCUGAGUCUCAAGUCCGGUCAAGUCAAGUCACCUCCUGGUUUUUCAGGGUCUUGUAGUGAGUGUGAAAGUGGCCAAUCAUAGGCAUUCUGCGGGUCUAAUAAUCUGAUGAUUCUUCUUCAUUAAUUGGUCUGAAGAGACCUUGACUGGCUACUGCCCUGUGCCACGAGGUUGUAUUUUACCUUCUUUUUUUUCUUCUUCAAUGUCUGGUUUUGUUUAACGUAGGAACACGUGUGCUAAUUUGAUUUAGUGAACUACUUCGUUUCAUUUUAACUGUUUUUCUUCUUUUCAUAGUAGUGGAAAGUUUCUGUUCGGUUCAA